GGUAAAUAAACACAAGUGGUUGUGAAGCGAACAGGUGCUGCAGGCGUAGGCGUUGUGCAAUAAAUUCGUCUGCCCUCGGAAAUGGCCACCUGUGAACCGGACUCCAAAGCGGCGGCUACGACGUCGCCCAUAAAGAUCAGCCCCAAGACGUAUUCCCUUCCUUUGCUGGAGAACCCCCACCAGGGACUCGCCCCGCCCACCCAGGACGGCGAGACGGUGUGCAUCCGUGGCUACUUCAGCUACUUCCAUUACGGAUGCGACGGGCACCAGGACGUGGGCUGGGGCUGCGGCUAUCGCACCCUGCAGUCAGCCAUAUCCUGGAUAAUUGGAAGGCGGGGGAGUUCGGCCGACGGUAGUCAGGAGGCCCAAUGGUUCGUGCCCUCGAUUCGGGAGAUUCAGGCCAUACUGGUUGCCAUUGGGGACAAGGACCAACAGUUCGAAGGCUCCUGCGACUGGAUCGGCACCCUAGAGGAGUUCUACGUGAUGGACGUUCUCUACCAGCUGCCCUGCCGGAUUCUACACGUGCGCCAGCUCGGAUCCCCAGAGGUGGUAGAUCAAAUACGCAGCUACUUCAAUGAGUUCCAGGGCUUUAUCGCCAUGGGUGGCGUCAACGGUGACUCCGCCUCAAAGGCCAUUGUGGGCUGGCAUAGGAGUGAAGCGGGAAAGGUUUUCCUCCUGGUGGUGGAUCCACAUUUUGCCGAGCCGCCCGCCUGCCAGCAGAAACUAAUCGACCGGGGCUACGUUCGUUGGGUGCCCAUUGAGGACUUCCUCGACAGCUCUUACAAUCUCUGCCUCAUACUGCAGCCCUAGAUGUUCUAGCCUUUAAUCUAGCAAUAAAACCAUUUCGCCGCUCAAUGGACAUUAUCGACUGAUAACAGCUAUCCCCCGGCGAUGGACUGAUAAGGCCGAAAAUCGCGUCGAGCGGUUGACGGCAGCCGGCAAACAC